AAAAAAGAGUGUAGGAUAUAAAGAGAAUGAAUUUUUCUCUUUUAGAUUUUAAAAAGAGUUCAAUACUUCUUUCUUUUUUAUUCAAUGUCAAAUUAUCACAGGCACUGUGAAGAGGAAAUGGAUUACGAAACAGGAGCAGUGGAAGGUCUUUUAAAGUUACAACAUCAUGCUACUUUAAAGCCUAUUCACCCUUUACAACAACAGCAGCAGCAACAACAACAGCAUCGUCAUCCGUGUCAUCAUCAAAGACUACCUUCUCUCUCAAAUUUAUUAUUACCUCAUCAUUAUUCCUCGUCCUCCUUGUCGUUGGUUGAAGACGCUUCUUCUUCUUCUUCUCCUUGGGCUUCUGGAUCUAAUUUAUUAUACUCGCCCAACCUUAAUCAUCACAGUGAUGAUAGUAGCAGUAUUUACUCUACACAGAGACCGUCCUUGAUCCCACCUCUUUCAACCUCCACUUCCUUCUCCUCGCUCAAAUCCAGCGCUUCCUCUAUCAAGAGCACGGGUACGCCAAAGGCCAGUCUCUUAUCCCGUGCUGCUACUUUCACUGCGCGUCGUCGUGGUAGACCCAAGAAAUCGGCCUUGACGGCGGUGGUGGACAAGAAUGAAAUCAAAAUUGUGGAUAUGACGUAUAAUUAUGCAAACGAAAGCAGCCAUCAUCAGGGGUCGCCUAGCUGCAACAACAAGCCCAGAUGGCAAGAAGCAGAACGAUUGGAAUUAUUAGAGGCGAUUGUCAAAGAAAAGGAAUUGGAUGAUAUGACCACCAUUCGCUGGGAUCGUAUUUCUUUGGCUGUGGGAAGGGCCAAGAAGGCUUGUAAAGAUCAAUGGCGUAGAGAACUUUUACCUAAUAUUUUGAAAGGACUUCGAUCCAAAGACAAAUAACUUUUUAUUCUUUAUUCUUUUUUUUUUUUUUUUCGUUUUAUAUACUCCCCCUUUUAUAAAUAAAGUACUAUCCUUUUUUUUUUUUUUUUUCCUUAUUACAAAAAUUGACGUCGAUGCAAGAAACUAAUUAAAUCAUACUUGGUGGCUACACCCAGACACCAUUUUCGGUUCUGAUCGGUGAUGACUGCAAAAGAAUUCUUUUCAAAGAAUUUAGCUAGAAAGAAAAAAAAAAGAGUUUUAGCAUAUACAGGACAAAAUAGAUCAGAUAUAGAAAGUAAAAGGAUUUCUUUUUUUUUUUUUUUACCAAGGUCGGCUAAACUAGUGUC